UCGCUAAUGAAAUGUUGUCUGUAUUGUUGAAAAUAGAGCACCUGUACUAGAUCGAUAAAGGAAAAUGGUCGUCAGACAGAUGUUAUGAUUUGUUUUGAAAUAUUGGAUUUUGUCCAAACAUGUGAUUUAUGGAAUGGCUAGCCCCAUUGGUCAAGAAUAUGUCAAAAAUCUUGAAAGAAUAUAGCUGUGACGCAAUGACGUGGCUUUGUUGAUCUGUGAACGGAUUUUUUUUUAUCUGCUGCAGGAAAUUGUGAAAUAGCGGAACUGGCAUAGUGAUUCUCAGUUGUCAAAAUAGCAUGUAGAUGUCAGCAUGAUUUGACAGUGUUACGAUUUUUAUUUUGUCCAAAACUCCACUACUCUAUCUGUUAGUAAAUACAAAACGAAAUGGGCAACCUUAUUAACAAGAGUAACAAAUCGGGACCAGGGUUUAGGACAGUAGUACCAAACCAUGUGGUUGGGGACAUUCCACCCAAACACAAAAGUCACCCUAACCGAGACUAUCGCAGCAACAGAAUCAAAACCACCAAGUACUCUGUGCUGACAUUCCUACCCAAGAAUUUAUUUGAACAGUUUCAUCGAUUUGCCAAUUUAUAUUUUAUAUUAGUUGUGGCCUUGAAUUGGGUCCCUCAGGUUCAGGCCUUUGGGAAGGAGAUAGCUAUGAUACCUGUGAUAUUUGUACUUGCUGUCACGGCUGUGAAAGAUGCAUUUGAAGACUUUAGGCGAUAUAAAUCUGAUAGAAAAAUCAACCAUCAUGCUUGUCGACGAUAUUCUAGUUCUGACAAGCGAUACGUUAAGAGUGAGUGGAUGGAGAUCCAUGCGGGGGAUUUUGUACACCUGGCCUGUGAUGAAAUCAUUCCGGCCGACAUUCUACUGCUUCAUUCCAGUGAUCCUUUAGGAAUCUGUCACCUAGAAACCAGCAACCUAGACGGAGAAACCAAUCUUAAACAGCGACAGAUCGUCCAUGGACUGAAAUAUGAAAGGAAAAAGUUUGCUGUGGAAAAAUUUAAGUACAACGUAGAGUGUGAACUUCCUAAUGCUGAAAUUUACAAAUUUAAUGGCUUCAUUAAACUGGAGUCGGGAGAGAAGGUGUCUCUCAACAAAGACAAUCUCCUACUUCGAGGGUGUACCAUAAAAAACACCGACUUUGUGGAGGGGAUUGUUUUAUAUGCUGGACAUGAGACCAAGGCUAUGUUAAACAAUCGUAAUCCGCGCUACAAGAGAAGUAAGCUGGAGCGACGUAUUAAUCGUGACGUAAUCUACUGCGUUAUCCUCCUAUUGUUCCUGUGUCUGUUUUGUGCCAUUGCCAGUGGAAUAUGGUUGUCUAAUUUUGAGGACAGUACGACUGUCCUUUUUAUCCCGUUUGAGAGCCUUGAGUGGUACAACCCGUAUUUCCAGGGUUUUGUUGUCUUCUUCACCUACAUUAUCAUUUUUCAGACUGUGAUACCUCUCCCAUUAUAUGUCUCAGUGGAAAUCGUCAAACUAGGUCAAGUGUACUUUAUAAAUAACGACAUUGAGCUUUAUUAUGAACCAAUGGACAAACGGAUGGAGUGCCGAGCAUUAAAUAUUACCGAGGAUUUAGGUCAGAUUGAGUACAUCUUCUCAGACAAGACCGGCACUCUCACAGAGAAUCAGAUGGAGUUUAAGUCGUGUACAAUAGGUGGGACCGACUAUCCACAUACUCCAGAAUUUGAGGAGGAAGAUGAUUUUAGUGAGACAGGCAGCAGGUACUCUCUGGCCAACAUCAGCAGGACAAGCUCAGUGAUGGAAAAUCUCAAACUCGAGCCAGGUCUAGAACGAGAAAUCUCCCGAAUGUGCCUACGAAGCUUAAACAGUGUUAAUUUGGAUCUGCCAGAAUUUAUCUCCCCAAACUCUCAGAGAAUUCAAGAGUUUUUCUUACUCAUGGCUAUCUGUAAUACUGUAGUUGUCACACAUCAUGCUCAUGAAGAUUUGAUGGAUGAUUGCGGAUCCAUUGUUGAAGGACAUUAUAGAGGCAGAAAUAAGUCACAAGAUGACCUAGAUAAAGUUAGUCGAAGUGGAGAGACCCCCCAGAAGAAAAGUUUCCCAAUAUUAAAUCUCCCAGACACCCCUAUACAACGUAAAGGAGCGCUUCCACCCCUCGGGCAGAGGGAAGUAGGGACACCUCCUCUUUCUAAGAAAAAUGGAAAUAUACAUGUACCACCAAUUACGAUAUCUAAUUCUGGGGAUUUUGACAGAUUUCGCGAGUUUGGGAUGAGUACACCCUCGGAAGGCAGUAUAGCAGGGUCGUCCUAUAUCUCAGACGGUUCACAGAACAGUCGAUACGAGGCGGAGAGUCCAGACGAGCUCGCUCUUGUGAGAGCCGCAUGUACCUACGGAUGUCGACUAAUUAAUCGCAGUGUGGAUAAAGUCAGAGUCUGGCUACCCGGUGAAGGUGAGGUGGAGUUUGAGAUACUUGAGGUUCUACAGUUUGAUUCCACAAGAAAGCGUAUGUCUGUGAUAGUGAAAAACACCAACAACAAGGAACUGGUUAUGUUUACCAAGGGUGCCGACACAGCAGUGCUGGGGGUCCUUCACAAAAAAUUCAAAGAGGAUAAGGAACUACACCGACUUGUUAAAGAGUCGGAGAAACAUAUACUGAACUACGCAAUGCAGGGACUCAGGACCCUAUGUAUGGCCAAAAAGAUCCUGACACGCAAGGAGUACGACGAGUGGAAGGUGAAAUUUAACGAAGCCUCGGCAGCCAUGGACAACAGGGAGGAGAAGAUUCUACAGGUGGCGUGUGAGAUAGAGAAAGACCUGGAGCUUCUGGGUGCCACAGGUAUUGAGGACAAAUUACAGGAAGGUGUACCAGAGACGAUAGAAAAACUGAGGAAAGCAGGGAUCAAAGUCUGGGUCCUCACUGGAGACAAACAGGAAACAGCUAUUCAGGUGGCCUAUUCCUCUAAGCUGAUUGGGCAGAAAGACCAGGUCCUCAUUAUCAAUGCAGAAAAUUUGACUUGUACAAAGGAUCUCUUGGAACACCAUAUACAGCAGAUCGAGAGGGACACAGGAGGAGGACAAACAUCAUCCUCCCCCCAGACAAAGAAGCAGGAGUACACCCUAGUGAUCGAUGGUCGUACCCUCGCGUACGCUCUCAAUGAACAGCUGGAGGAUUUAUUUCUUGACCUGGCUCAGAAGUGCACCUCUGUUGUGUGUUGUAGAUCCACUCCCAUACAGAAGGGCUCAGUAGUCAAGAUAGUUCGAGACAAGCUGAACAAGUUAACACUGGCAAUAGGUGAUGGAGCCAAUGAUGUCAGCAUGAUACAGGUGGCGGAUGUCGGGAUUGGGAUAUCGGGACAGGAAGGCAUGCAGGCUGUGAUGGCGUCAGAUUUCGCUAUUUCUCGUUUCAUGUUUCUCCAGCGUCUCCUCCUGGUUCACGGACACUGGUGCUACUGUCGUCUCGCACGAUUCUCAUCAUUCAUGUUCUAUAAAAGCUUGGGAAUCGAAUUCACGAUGCUCUGGUUCCAGCUCUAUAGUGGAUACUCGGGCUCGCUGCAAUUCAACAGUCUCUUUUUGCUGUUUAUCCAUGUCUUAUUCACGGCGUUUCCGCCAGUCAUUAAUGGCGUAUUUGACAAAGACUUAAUGCCCUCCACCCUGUUACGCUUCCCCGAGGUUUAUAAAAUGGGGAUUGAGGAUAAGCAAUAUACUCGUUUUAGUUUCUUCUUCGCACUCCUAGACUCCAUUUAUCAGAGUGUCAUACUCUAUUGGGUGGCUCACUUUGCCUACCAGUCAGAGCAGGUGGGGAUUUGGGAGUUUGGUACCACUCAGAUGGUGUCCCUCAUCUUAAUCAUACUCUUUACCGGGGCAAUAGACACAUACUCAUGGAUCUGGCCUCAGUGGUUGACGAUGAUCCUGAGUUUUGUCUUUUUCUGGCUGUUUGCCAUUGUCUGUCAUGCCAUUUGGUUCACCUUUGACCACCCAGCCAAUCCAUACUGGGUGAUGCAGAAUACCCUGGUCAAGCCAAUCCAUGUCAUAACUGUGGUCAUCAUCACUGUGCUAUCUCUGUUCCCAAGAUUUGUGAUCCGGAUUUUCCAGAGAACAGUGUUCCCAGACUCUAUCGUAAAAGCUCAGUUCUGGGAGAAAAGUCAGCAUAAUCGCCGUGACUCUGCUCACUCAAUCGAUACUCAGGACACAGGAGACGUAAUCUCAAAUCAUGAGACACGGACUGACACACGGUCAUCUGAGCAAGACGUCAGAAUGCGUAAUGGAGGCAGCACAAAAACUACAACAACGAUAGCUUAACGUCAGGUUUUGUAUAAACUGAUGAACUGCCAAGCCACGGGGAUGGUGCUGCAUCUGACUGAGGGCUAAUGAUGUGCUGCCAUCUAGUGAGGAGAAUGAGUGAGAGAGAAGACAGGUGACCUUGUUUGGCACAGACCAAUUGCUCACCAGGUUCAUUGCUCUGACAUUCAGUCCAAGUAUGGACAAUACAUUAAGAUCUCAUUUGGACUGGGUGCCAAGGAGAGGUGAAAUGAUACAGUGGAGUACUAGGGAAGUUCAUGUACAGGUAGCUUGAUUUAUAUCUCUGUGACCAAAUGUCGUCUUUCAUUAUUAUAAACAUUUACCGUGAGAGAGGUGGGAUUUAAUUUAAACAUUUAGUUAUAGGCACAAGACGCUGCUGAUUCUGAAGUGUGUUUGUAUGUGUGCCUGUAUUUGUGUGUGUGCCUUUAUGUUAUUGUAACUAUAGUGCGAUGAAUGUAAAGAGUUUUUAAUUUUAUGUAUUGCAAAACUUUUUAAUAUGUAUUUUUGACAAUUUUAUAUUCUAAGACUAUUGUUAAAUUAUAUAGCUGUAUAUUUGUUACAACAUUGUGAUCCUCAGUUCCAGAGAGUAGUUCUAUUUUUGAGUGACUUGUUUUUAUUUGUAAUGACAACCAUGUGUUCUGUGUUUCCUCUGCUCAGCCAUUUUUCUUCUCUCAAGUGACCAAGUUCUUCAUUAUAUCACUGUCGGCAUUCUACCUUACUUUGAAUGUUUUACUGGUGACCCUUACUCUCUACUUAUUGUUACAUAGAUGUAAACCUUUGUUGUAGUAUAAACCCUCUGAAGUAAACAUUUAGAAUUAUAUAUAUGAAUUAUCUCUGGUAAAGCUCAUGUGCCCUUCACAUAUAGCCUUUAAAGUACAGGUACUAUUAAUAGAAUUGCCAUGAGAAACCCUAUAGGGGAUUAUAAAUAAAGUCCCCCACUAUCAAUGUACUGCUUUAUUAAUACAUAUAGUACUGCUUUAAUAGAACAAUCAAAAAUCUUGUGGGAAAUCACAAAAUAGUCAUUAAAUAUAUUAUUUUUAUAUUGUAUUAAAUUUGUAAAUUUGCCUAAAUCUUCAUUAAUAAAGAUGUUUGGUGGAUCCUUUCAAUAGAUUAUCACAGACGUGUAAAAGGGUAUUCCGUUCUGGGUUAGAUUUGUUUUUCAUUAUAAGUGUGGAUUAUUUUGGCUUGUGUAAGGUUCGUAAAUAUGCCUUAAGGAUAUUAUAACAUUCUCUACGUGACGAUCUCCUGUAUCAGUAGAUAAAUUCAUAGUCCCAUUGUUAAUCAUGGACCAAUUCAUUAAAAUUAUGUAUAGAAAUAUAUGUAGCUGAUUGAUUUAUAUAUAUCUGUGUGGAAGGAAUUGCUGUUUAGUUAUCACUAAGAAUUUUUUAUCCAACAUUCAUAGGAGAGGCUUUUUUAUUGACGACAUUUUAGAACACUCUUGUGCCAAAGUAGCUGUUACAUUUCUUUCUCGAUUCUCAGUCAUUCUAAGACUUUUGUCGUCCAUGUCCAUGUUAUAGUGUAAGAUCCGUAAACUGUAAAGCUUAACACACGAGUAAAAGAAUUAUAAAAAUCUGUUGAGUAAUAACUGAAUAGGAACAGAAAUAAAUUAUACCAAUAGCAGACAUUCCGUCCUCUAAAAAAAUAUAUAUAUACCAUUUAUAAAGAGGCAUCAUUAAGAUAUAAUCAAAAGUGUAUAAUGUAAAAGUAAUACUGCCCACUUUAGAGCUUUUUUGACAAACCUUAUCUGUGUGAUUAUGUAGUGGUAUAGAGCAUUUUCCAGGUUUAUGGUCCACUUCAGUGUAUUUAUCAUUAUACUGGUCAUUUUGUUUGUGCCAUUCAAAUUUUGUGAAUUUUAUGAAUGUUGUGAAAAUGUGUGAUUAUUAUUCUAGCAGAUGAGAGAUAGUUUCUGUAUAUCUUUUUUUUUUUAUUGUUAUUACAUGUUCAGGGAAACUUUUUUGAGCUGUCUUAAGUUUUAAAUUUUUUGCAAAUAUUCCUCAUAUCCAUUUAUAGUUCUAAGUAAAUUGUCAUUGUCAGUUCAGAGAGGUAGUGUUUAUAAAUGGCAGUUUAUCAAAAACUUACACGUCUGUGUAAAUUCUGUAUUGUUUUUUGUAUUUGCUUUGUAUUUUCAAAUUUUUCAUAGAUUUUACCAGUAAUUAAUUAAAUUUCAUUACUAAACAUGAACCCAACACAUAAAAAUUCCAGAAUUUAAUUUUUGGUGGAAUUUUUUGUAAGAAUUGUUGAUAUUUUUGUAUAUGGGCGUAUUCACCGAGGGCUGUGUAAUCAUAAUUGUAUCACUGUGAUAAGAAAAAAAUCAUUUUGAAAGGGAAAUCACUGUUGUUUUGAAAACUUUGCUUUAAGGCUGAGGUAUUUAUAAAAUUGUGAAAGGAUAUACCAUUUGAUGCUGAUUUCUAAGAAAAAACCCUUUGUUGUCCCCUUUUUGUGAGCUGUCUGUCUUCUUACAAUCUACAAAUGUCAUCAUGUCUCCUCGAUUUUUUCCUUAAUAAAUAGGUGCAUUUUUUGCUGAUGUUUUUAUUUACUUGUAGAUGUUGUAGAGUUAUUCUAAAAACUAAGUUAUGGAUAAAAUUUUAUAAAGUUGGAGUAGAAUUGUUUUUCAUUUUUUGUGAUGUUUCCUGUAUAGAAACUCUAACAUAACCCCAGUUCCUGCUAGUAGUGUGAUUGUGAUAAACACACUGUCGUUUGUGUCUUCAUAUUAUAAAAAUGCUUUGAAAUCAUCUGUGAUAAAACCAAAAUCUAUUGUGCUUGUAAAUUUGUUUUUAUGCCCAGUAGGGCCCAGAAAUAAAUUAUAAUGAUACUGUU